AUGCAAUCAGCUAAACCACUCCUUCCCCCCAUCCGAGCGCUUCUCGAUUCACCGGUAGAAGAUCAUACACAUGAAUCAACUCAGCCCGUGGUGGAACAACACUAUAUCAAAGACGUCUCUAGUGAUUAUAUCAAUACAGCCCAGUCUUCUGGUAAACUCAACUCUCUUUCUCUUCAAUCCACAACAACGCCUCCACCACUUCAACACCACAUUCAGCCCCUCCAACACCAGUUACAUCUUCCAAAAGACACUUACUCCCAAACACAACGUCUGCAACCUCUGCUUCCCACUCUCCCAGCACCAUCUCAACAAUCGUAUCCACAAUCAUAUCCACAAUCACUCUCACCCACAAAAUCUUCAAUGUUACUCUCCAACUUACCGAAUAAUCCCCACCCAUCAAAUAUUCUGUCUCUACUCUCCCCGCCCGAGUCACCAGAUAUGACAUCCACAAAUCAUCCCUCGUUUGAAUAUCGACAAGAUGCAACCCGUUACCCUGCACAACAAUACACGAAUUACUCAUAUAUGAAUAAGGCAGCGACUCAGUUGUACACGCAAGCUCUUCUUACACCGCGAGCACCAUCUCCACUCUCAACAUCCAUUACUCAGCAGCCAGACUUUACACAGUCGCAUCAAUACGCAUCAUUACAACGAUAUUCUUCCCAUCCGUUACAAUCGUCGGCACUUUCCCCGUAUCAUCGCACGCCUCUCUCGGCUGCUCAGGCUAUACCUCGAAUUGAUCUCUCUUCAUCGCUCAUGGCUCAAUCAAAACGCCUUGGAUCACCAAAGUCGCUAGAUGACCCAUCUGCAUCUUCCACCCAGUCGUCUACUACAAAUAGAUACCAAUGUCCAUACUGCUCCAAGAGGUUCAGUCGCCCAAGUUCGUUACGCAUUCACACAUAUUCACAUACAGGGGAGAAGCCAUUUGUAUGCACCGAACUUGGAUGUGGAAGAAAGUUUUCUGUACAAAGUAACAUGAGGAGACAUCUACGUGUACAUCGACUGGGUAGACCUGUAAAGAAGGUUAGAUAUGAUGGUGAGGUAGAGGGUGUGAAGGUCAUGAACCCAACAACGGUGUUGAGAGGAUGCUAA